CAAAAGGACAUGAAGAAAUCAUUCGUCUCAGACGAAAACUUGAGCUAUGUUUAUCAAGUGCCAGCAAUUCGAUGCCACCAACAGUUGUUUCCCUACUUUGAAUCCCACAAAAAAUGUUCCCAGUAUUCAAAUUGGUGUUUCUUUCACUCCUAUUCAAACAGCAAAAUAUGACCACAAAAGAGGCCAACUCCAUAAACUCCAACACCAGGAGGAUAAACUGCUUCAGGGCACCAAAUGGGUCAAGAAUCCGAGCAGGAAAGAUGUCUUAUUUGAAAACCCAGUUGGAAAAGUUGGAAAAGAUGAAAACUUUGGUGGCAAUUUAGCUCAAGGGAAUGACAUGAAGAAUUCUCGCAGUAAUAAUACUGGUUCUGGAAUUCCUGCAUCUGGGUGUAGGAUCCAGAACAAUUUUCUGCGAAAUAAAGCGUGUGAGAUUGAUAAAGAUGUGAACUUGAACGGGAAAAGUAGGCCUAAAGGUGGCCAGGCCGUAUUGGAGAAAUCCCAUCCCGGAAAUUCAACUUAUAAGAGAAGAGAAAAUGGUGGUCUAAAUGGAGGAAAUGCAUUUUCUAGGAGCCCAGGUUGGAAAAUGAAGGAUAAGAGAAGAAUUGGUGAUGACCACAGAGGGGUAAACUUCAAUGGAGGUGGUGUGGAGCAAGUGAAGACCAAAUGUUCGACGAAAUGGCUGAAAUACAGUGGGUGUAUUCCAGCUAUACUGGAGGCUUUGGAGAGUUUCAGUGAUUUGGAUGAGGCGUUCAGGCCGUGGGAAAAGAGUCUGACCAAUAAAGAAAGAAGUAUAAUUUUGAAGGAGCAAGAAGGGUGGGAAAGAGCAUUGGAGAUUUUUGAAUGGUUUAGAAGGAAAGGUUGUUAUGAAGUGAAUGUUAUACACUACAAUAUAAUGCUUCGGAUUCUAGGUAAAGCUAAGAGGUGGGCUGAAGUUGAGUAUGUGUUGGAAGAAAUGAGACGAGAGAACAUCAAGCCAAUUAAUUCAACUUAUGGAACCCUGAUUGAUGUGUACAGUAAAGGAGAUCGUCGGAAGGAUGCUGUCAGCUGUUUGGAAUUGAUGAAUGCUCAAGGGAUGGAGCCAGAUGAAGUGACGUUGGGUACUAUUGUUCAAAUGUACAAGAAGGCCGGGGAGUUCAAGAAGGCUGAGGAGUUUUUCAAGAUGUGGUCAUCAGAAAACUCUCUGGAUAAUGGAAAAGGUAACUUAGGAAGAAAUGCUGCGUCCUCGAGAAGUGACUCUGGUGCUCCUGUUUGUCUGAGCUCAAUCACCUAUAAUACCAUGAUUGACACAUAUGGCAAGGCAGGGCAAGUGGAAGAAGCAUGUCAGACUUUUGAUCAAAUGCUUAGAGAAGGGAUUGUACCAACCACAGUUACCUUCAAUACAAUGAUUCACGUGUGUGGUAACAAUGGCCAGUUAGAUGAAGUUUCCUCACUUAUGAAGAAAAUGAAUGAUCUUCGAUGCGCUCCUGAUAUUCGAACAUAUAAUAUUCUCAUCGCGCUUCAUGCCAAGCAUGAUGACAUAACUACAGCAGCAAACUACUUUAGGAAGAUGAAAGCGGCUUCUUUGGAGCCAGAUAUUGUGAGUUACCGCACUCUUGUUUAUGCAUUCUCAAUAAGGCAUAUGGUCAAUGAAGUAGAAGAACUCAUUUCAGAGAUGGAUGAGAGGGGUCUGGAGAUAGAUGAAUUUACACAAUCAGCGCUGACUAGAAUGUAUAUAGAAGCUGGGAUGCUGGAAAAAUCAUGGCUGUGGUUUCAGAGAUUCCAUCUUUCAGGGAACAUGACUUCUGAGUGUUACUCUGCCAACAUUGAUGCUUUUGGGGAGCAUGGGUAUGUUUUGGAAGCAGAGAAGGUUUUCAACUGUUGUGUAGAGGAGAAAAAGCUAAGUGUAGUGGACUUCAAUGUUAUGAUUAAAGCUUACGGGAUCAGCAAGAGAUAUGGUGAAGCAUGCUGCUUGUUUGAUGAUAUGGAGGAGCACGGUAUACUUCCUGAUAGAUGUAGCUAUAAUUCGCUCAUUCAAAUGUUAGCUAGUGCAAACAUGCCCGAAAAGGCAAACAGCUAUGUAAUGAAAAUGCAUGAGGCAGGCUUCAUUGAUGAUUGUGUCCCUUAUGGUGCUGUGAUUUCCAGCUUUGUGAGGUCAGGGAAGUUGACAAUGGCUGCAAGAUUGUACAAGGAGAUGCUUAGUUUCAAAGUUCAGCCUGAUGUGAUUCUUUAUGGUAUAUUGAUAAAUGCUUUUGCUGACUCUGGAAAUGUCGCAGAAACUACCGCUUAUUUUGAUGAAAUGGUAAACUCCGGAAUACCACCAAAUGAGGUAAUAUACAGUUCUUUAAUAAAGCUAUACACCAAAGUAGGAUACUUGAAGGAAGCACAAGAAACAUAUCGAAGGCUUCAAUCCUUUGAGUCAGGUGCAGAUGUAUAUUCUUCAAAUUGUAUGAUAGACCUCUACAGCGAGAGAUCCAUGACUAGGCAAGCGGAAGAGGUUUUUGAAUAUUUGAAGAGAAACAGGAAAGCUAAUGAAUUUUCCUAUGCUAUGAUGCUGUGCAUGUACAGGAAAAAUGGGAGAUUUUCAGAAGCUACUCAGAUUGCUCAGAAGAUGAAAGAACUGGGCCUUCUGACGGAAUUAUUGACCUUUAACAAUGUUCUUGGCUUGUAUGCAUCUGAUGGGAGAUACAAGGAGGCAACAGAGACUUUCAAGGAGAUGUUGGCAUCUUCCAUUGAACCGGAUGACUCUACUUUCAAGGCACUUAGUAAUAUUUUGGCAAAAUGUGGAGUACCACGGGAGGCUAUUUUCAAGCUAGAGCGAAAGCGGAAAAAAGAUGCUAAGCUAGGCCUACAGGCAUGGAGCUCAAUCUUAUCUUCCUUAAUUGCUGUCUCUCAUGAUGAUUAUGACGAUGGCGAUUAUUUUCAAGCUUGAUAUAACUUAGCAUUGUUGCUGUAAGGAUUCUCAUUGGCUCUGCUUCAUGCACUAUAGCUGAAAAACUUGGUAGUCUGACAGCAUUUUGGAAAAAAACAGUUGCUGAAAUUGGUUGUAAAAAGUAAUUCCUUCAGAACUUUUUGCAGGAAAUUUGCUGUAGAAUCUGUAUAACUUUUAGCAGACCUUUCCAAAGGCUCAGCAUAGUUGAAUGUUUGGCUUUGUUUGUAAAUAUGAAUCAUCAAUUGGUCUAAAUGCAUCAGACUUCUGUAAAAUACAAAUGCAUUUAACAUUUUGACUGGGUUUUUGACUUUUUGUCAAACCCUUUGGAUUCGCUAUAGAGUAGCCUUUUGUUAGAUAUGGCAGCCACCCCUUACCUUAGGAGUGUGCCAGUGUAAUCAGCUAUUAUAGCUUCCACAGUACUGCAGAAACAGAUUACAGCCUUAUAGGCCUCUUAGAUUUAAUUUCAAUCCAUUUAAUGAUUCAGGUGAAAGUUUUGACCUACCUAGCCUAGGCUAGUGUAUUUGUUUUAGUUUACUACUACUACUACUUUAGGCCUUGCCUAGAAGCAUAGAGGAAACUUGGUUUUAGGUUCCGGU